AUGUUACUACUAAAGUCAUGUAAUAUAUUUAAAUACAAAAAUUCCACAAUUACUGAGACUAUUCUAAUAACUGUUAUUUCAGAAAGUAUAAUAGCUCAAUACCCUGAAUUACCCUGAAUACCCUGAAUUCAAUAGUUGUGGACAAUGGCACAGGGUUCAUCAAAGCAGGCGUUGCAGACGGUAAAGAAAUUUGUGUCAUACCAACAGUUUUUGGAUGGAAACGCUAUGAAUAUGAAUCCAAAAAAGAAAACAAAGACGAGUUCGUCGGAGAUCAAAGUCAAAAAAUAAGAGGUUACAUUUAAAAAUUUGAUAGUGCCUAUAACUUUUUUUCUUAGAUAUUAUCGAAACUCGGAACCCAAUCGAACACGGGAUCAUCACACAUUGGGAUGAUAUGGAAUUCAUUUGGUCUCACAUUUUCCAUGAAGCAAUUGGUAUUGUUCCAAAACAACACAGCGUUCUUCAAACAGACACAAUUUCAAAUCCGCGUGAAAAUCGGGAAAAAUGAUUGAGAUCAUGUUUGAAUCGUUUGAUUUUGCCGCGAUGUGUAUGGAAAUUCAAGAUGUUCUUGCUUUGAAAGCUGCUGGGAACCUAAUUGAUGGAACUGUUCUCAACGUUGGAGAGACGGAUUACCGCGUGGUUCCAAUUUACAAUGGACGUUGCAUCCAGGACGCAGUCCGUAAAUUGAACAUUGGCAGUCGCCAGCUGGCCCAGUAUCUGAUGCAAAUGAUCAAUGAUUCGAAACAUAUUUCAUCGCCUACUAUUGGUCUUGUACCUGCUCAUGAUAUCAAAAAACAAAUGUGCCAUGUUUCACUAAACUUUGAAAACGAGCUGGGCAUAGUUUCAAAAGUGACGACAUUUCGCAUAUCCACCUUCACACUUCCGUGUGGGAAAUUUAUUGAAAUCGGGGACGAACGUUUCCGGUGCCCGGAGGCCCUUUUUCAGGUAUAAUUGCUCACAUGUAAACUAGUUGACAUAUUUAUUUAAAACCUUCUCUACUUGAUAUGGAUGACUCUGGAGUUCACGAAAUGCUCGUAGACUCAAUUUAUAAAUGCGAGAGUUCUAUCCGCAAAACUCUUUUCUCGAAUAUUAUUUUGUCUGGAUCUACGACGUUGAUUCCCGGCUUUGAGCAGCGAUUAGUGAGAGAGACGUCAGCCCUUGUUCCAUCGUAAGUUGAACAUUAUCCUAUCAACACGCUUGUAGACUUGCUAUCAUUUUCCAGAGUCUAUGGGGUGAACGUUAUGGCUCCAGAAGAUCGGAAUUAUUCUGUAUGGGCCGGUGGUGUUAUGCUUGCCAAGUCCCCUUCUUUUGAAAAAAUGUGCAUCACCAAACGGGAUUAUGAAGAGUUCGGCGCAUCCAUUGUACACCGUAAAUACUCUUAAAACGUUUUUUUUUUUCAAUUCCAUGUAUUAAUUUUUCGUCAUUAUUCGUUUGUUUUAAAAUUUAAAAAAUUGAAUCGUGCAAGGCAGUUACGAAAUAAAUCAAUUGAACAAUUACUCUUCACACUUCACACAUUCCUCCUGUUAG